AUGGCAACAUGUGAUGAAAAGUCAGGCUAUGAACACAUUGCUUUGUCCGAGAAUUCACAGACUUACUUUGGGAUUGAAUUUGUGGUAGCUAUUGUUGGAAAUGUGAUCGUUUGCUAUAUCAUCGUCAGAGAGAAGAUGCUGAGAAGUGUCACAAACAUAUUCCUUCUAAACAUUGCCGUAGCGGAUAUAACCAAGACCAUCAUUUUGGUUCCUUUUUCUUUUGUUCCAAAUCUUCUGCUCUCUUAUUGGCCCUUUGGAAACUUUAUGUGUCCUUUUGUCCUGUAUGCAGAAAUUGUGGUGGUGCUUGCCAGUGCCUUUACUCUGGUUGCAAUGAGUGCUGAUCGCUAUGUUGCCAUAAUUUACCCGUUGAGACCUAGAUUAACCCAUAAAGGCGUGGCUUGUGUCUGUGGGUUAGUGUGGGUCAUUGCGCUUUUGGUUCCAAUUCCUACCGCCGUUUCUGCAAAAGUUCAAAUACCUUUUGCAAAUUUUACAGGAAUUUGCCAAAAAGGCAUGUGUUUUGAAGACACAAAGGAACCAUUUAAAUCUACAUACAGUCUUUUAAUAAUGUUAUUACAAUAUUUCAUACCCUUAUUAGUACUUGCUUUGACGUACUGUCAUAUUGGAUAUGUGAUUUGGAUAAAAAUCAUUCCCGGCGAGGCAGUGCAACAACAAGAUGAGCGACAGGCGUCGUCUAAAAGAAAGAUGGUGAAGAUGAUGAUUGUAGUAGUUUUACUAUACGCUGUCUGCUGGCUUCCAGUACACGCUCUUCAGUUGGCCACUGACGAAAACCCUGAUCUAUUUAUUGAAGUAAAGAACCUUCGCCAAAUUUGGAUCAGCUUUCAAAUUUUUUCCGCCAGUCAUUCAUGUUAUAAUCCGUUUGUGUACUUUUGGAUGAAUAGAAGAUUCCGAGAAUGUUUCCAAUCAUUUUUUCUGAAGUGUUUUUGCUGUUUAAGAAUGGGGAGACACAAGUUCGGCGAUAACCAACUAUCACGACAGACCUCAAUGACUAUGACCGUUAGACUUGGACGGCAGCACAGUAGAUUACUAUCAGCAAAGCGCAAUGACAGUGAAUAAGAUGAAAUGUUCCCUCUUAUCUCAUAUAGUUGAUUAAAAAAACCUGCAUGCACGGAUUGAGAGGAAUGUUAAACAAUUACGAAAAUCUAACACUAAUUAGAUACAUCAUGGGAAUCCGUUCGCCUUCAUGGGUUUAUGGUAUUAUACACGUACAAUUCAUGUUAAAAAGCGUAGAUGAAUCGUCUAAUGAAUCCAUGGACAUCUGACAUUUAUUUUUCUCGUAAUGGAAAAAAAUAAAGCCAUCUUACCCUGUAAUACACAAAAUAUAAUAUAUUGCCGCAAUCUUAGACCGUGCGUGUACGCCGGAAACUCGCUAGAAAAUCUGGGUUUUUUACCCUCUCUGUUAUGCGGUCGGUCCUUCAUCCUCUAGUUCAACGAAAGCAACGCAUUGAAUUUGCAAUUUUUAAGUAAAUUUUAAUCAGUAUUUCUAUUCUGUCAACCUUUGGCCAUUAAUCACUUCCUCAGAGCUGUAAAUGCAGCCGGGACAAGAGAAGAUUAAUAAAUUUGCAAAAUGUGCUGUUUUUUUGUUCUGUGGUGAUGAAGGAUUGACUGCAAGAAGGAGAGAGGAUUACAAAAAGUUUCAUUGUUCAGUUUCAGGCGUAAAGUUGGGCUAAUUUGUGAGGCUUAAAAUUCUGAGAUUGCGUCCAUGUGUAUUUUGGGAUUGAAUAAGUAAGAUAUAGAUUUAAAGAAGAAAAACAUAUUAUAGUGCCAGUUGCCUGUGCAUGUAUUGUAUUCUGUAUUUCUCAUUUAUAUUUAGGUAUGACACAAAUAGAAUUAAAAUUUAUGAAAUUAUAUGCAGUAUAAUGUAAAGGAUGAUGUACAUAUUGCAUACAUGGGUGAAGGUCAAGUCAAACUAAUACAUGCACAUGUAGAUCAAUGAAAUAUGUAUAUUAUGAAGACUAAUUGUAAAGAAAAACAAGGUGUAAUUAUAAUCGGGGCGAUUAUAGUCUCCCAAACGAACGAAGCCAUCAUUGGGAGUAGGGAUGACCCACAUGGGUCAAACUUUACAGACAAAAAGAUUUAGAAUUUUAUUUUAUUUCUGAAGUUUCAUGAUAUUCCCAAGGGGUCCUUUACUAUACAUCAGGUGAAUCAACAUGACCCAAGGAACAAAAAUAUAUAUGGUUUGGGGUGGGGAUCUUAACCGCUUUCAAGAUAUUUGGGCACUUCCUGUUGGGGGGGGGGGGGGUGUCAGGACCAUCCCCGUGGCCAAUCACCUACAUACCAUUUGAUGCCCCUUGAUAUUUGUGCACUUCCUGUUUGAGGAGGGUGAGGACCACCCCAGGGGCCCAUGACUUACAUUCUAUGUGAUUCCCUUUAACACAAGGAAGAAGAACAUAAAUGAUUUAGAGGUGGUGAUCUCGAUCGUUUUCAUGAUAUUUGGGCAAAUCCUGUUUGGGGGUGGGGGUCAGGACCACCCCCAGGGCCCAUGACCUACCAUCUGAUGCCCCUCAAAACAUGGAACAAGAAUAUAUGUGGUUUAGGGGUGGUGUUCCUAACCGUUUUCAAUAUAUUAGGGCACUUCCUGUUUGAAAGGGGUCAGGACCACCCCCGGUGCCCAUGACCUACAUUCCAUUCAAUGCCCCUUAACACAUGGAACAAGAAUAUUUAUGUUUGAGUUCAGGAUUCUAACAGUUUCUAACAGUUCUAACAGUUUCUGGGAUAUAUCGUCUUUUCAAUUCCUGGGGGUGAGGAUGACCCCAGGGGUAAGAUCUAAUAAACCCUAUAUAUUACCUGUAACAGUCAAUAUAUGAUUCUAUGAUUCUGAAAACCCUAUAUUAUAUUUUACCGUUUUCAAGUUAUAAUCAUUUACAAUAGAGUCUACGAUUUUCCCCAUAAGUUUCAAUGUUAGACCCCAUGACCUUUUGACCCCCCCCCCCCCGAAAAGUGGUUGGCCAAUCCCAAAUGAGAAAAAUCAAACCAGCGUGCACAUCUAGAUAUGCAGGCCUAUCGUAUCCUAGAGUUUUGUACGCUUCUGUUCAGUCAUCUCUGAGAAACGCGACGGUCAAGUUCAGGGCGGGAAAGAAAAAACCGUACAAAAACAAUGAGUCUCCAAACUUCGUUUGGGAGACUUAAUAAUGAAUUUGCGAUGGUAAAUACAGGUUUUUACUUGUAGAAUUCCGGUGACCUCUUUGCUGAACAAGGGUUUGGGUCAAAUCAAAUUACAAAGUAUUGGACCAAUGUUGAUAAAUUGUGUAUUAAUGAUGAUUAUGCGAUGUUUAAUAUGUAACUUUCAGUAGAUAAAAUGGACACUAGUCUUGUUAAAUCAAAUAGAUACUAUACUUUUAUGUACAUGUAAGAGCAAAUAGUAUUAGGGCCUCGGUGUGCGGGCGCCCUAUAGUGAUCAGUCUUUUCGUCAUUGUUUCCGUCCGGGAACGCUCGUUCGGCGCAUAUCUUCUCUCCCCUAAGCCCAAUCUGGCUCAUACUUUACCCACAGAGUGUCUAUCGUCAAUUGGUGUGCAGUGACCUUGAAUGAAAUUCAUAGGUCGAGGUCAUAUCGGACAGCGCGAAAAUCAUUUUUUAGAGCAUUAAGCAUCCCGUUUAGCCCAAUUUGGCUUAUGCUUUGCACAAACAGAGCUUUUGAGUAAAGAGUUGUAGUGACCUUGAACCAAUUUUAAAGGUCAAAUGAAAAAUCCUUGUCCGAAGCAUAUCUUCUCUCCUUUUGCGCCAGUCUGACUCUUACCUCACCUACAUGGUGCCUUUGAUCAGAUGAUUCGCACUGAUUUUGAUUGUUUGUAGGUCAAAUGUUAAGGUCAUAUUAGACCAUGCAAAACUCCCUUUUAAGAGCAUGAUUAUAUACUCUCCUUUUUGCCCUAUUUGGCUAAUACUUUAUAUAGACGGUGCUGUUUAAUUGAAGGCGUGCAGUGCCCGUGAACCAAGUUAAUGUGAAGGUCAUAGCGGAUAUCUCUAUGAUCAGUUUUAGACCUUGAUUAUUUCCCACAUGCUUAAUGAGGCUCAAAUUGAACAGAAAUACCUGUAUAUAAAUGGUAAUGAGAUUGAAUAAGAAGUUUUAUGCCAGUUGGAACGUUAUAGGCCAAGGUCAAAGCCAAAUUGUCUGAAAUUGUGUUCAUCCUAUUGUCCAAUUUUUAAGCAGGGCCCUUUGAGAUGGUAACCACCUUAAUGUUGUCUAUUUAAACAUGCAUGUAAAAUAUGAAAAAAAACCAAUAAAACUUAC